AUGCACGCGGACGGGCUGCUGGAUGCUGGACUGCCACAGGUAGCUGGUACGCCUAGUGCUGGCCACUGGUCUGCAUCGAGUGAUCUGGAUGCUGCUGCAGGGCGUCUGCGCGAAUUAUCGCGGCACGCCUGCCCGCGAGCGCGCGCGCCAGAGCCUACUAGCGACCGCUGCUGUUGCGGCACAUGCGACGUGCCGAUUAUCACAGAUAUGCAGAGCUCGUCCGUUGUGUUCAACACAAAACCGGUCUUUGCCGCGAUUCAUGCCAAUUGUAUCCAUCAACAUAGUAAAGACAGCUCUAAUUCAACCUUGAUUACUGCUAACUUUAAUUUGGUACCGUCGAAGAAUCCCAUUACUCUGCGUCAAAAGAGGUGUCGGAGUAGUUGCACGCGUCCCGUUAGCAGCCAGAAUUCGUGGGGAAGAUUCUCUUUGGAAUAUCAUGGAUUGAAACCUCAACUGCAGUUGCGUCAUAAGUGUCAACAAGUGUCGUGUUUCCAAUCUUUCAAGCGGAAGCAUGUAGGCCUGAAGAGAUUCACCUCUCAACUCUUUGUUGACAAUUCCAUCUUGUACCUGCCAAAGCACAAACUCAACAAUGCUAAAUUUGAUUCUCCAGCUAGAGAAGUUCAUAUUCCUUUUGCUACUGUGGGACCUGAAGAGCCACAUGCAGCAAGUACAGCCUGGCCGGAUAGUGUUACGGAUUAA